AUGGAGAUCCUUCAGCAGUCCGAAGCACUGGGGGCGGCCAUACCAUCCUCAGAGAGAAGUCUCAUAGAGCGUGCGUAUGAGGACUUGCUCCGGGAGAUCUUGUUCUUGCGAGAGAGGUUGGUGACCCCAGCAGAAGGGGGUGUCAACAUGUUGCAGCGAGCCCACAUGGAGAUCUUGAACUCGCACUUGCCUCAGAUUUGUCCACCUCCUCCGGCAUGCGCCACGGCAAUCUUCACGAAAUAUGCCGACGACGCCACCGAUGAGUUGGUUGUGUGGGGGACGCGCAGUAGCUCAGCAAACGCAACCCUUGAGGCGCUCCUGGUGGUGCGCCAGCCAAGCAUUCUGCUGCUUUUGCAAGGCUUGUUCUCCUGGAGUUUUGAUUUGGCAGAUCCGGAUACCUGGCCCCGCCAGUUGCCGCAAGGCUUCGAACAAGCAGUGUACCUGUGCAUUCCCAAUGCAGCUAUCUCAGGGGAAUCAUCUUCGGUGAGGCAGCGUCCUCAGGGCUACUCUGCCCAUCGGGCCCCUGGACCAGCAGGCUUCGAGAGUGCCUUCCGCUUUUGCAGCGUGCCCGCCGCUCUGGCGACCGACAACCUGCGCUGCAGCUCCCCGGUCGACUCCUCGUUGGUGCCGGUGGACUCCUACACACCUGGAAGUGGGCUUCAGGAAGACAUUUUUGCGGAAUGGGAGGUUGAGGCGCGGGAUGCCAAAGUACUCACGGCCAUCUGUGGCAAUGGUGAGAUCGAAUUCGGAGAGGUCUGUGACGAAGGGCUGCUUUCUUCUGAUGGAUGCUUGUCAUGCCGCGCAGUAUCUCCCGGUUACAAAUGCAAGGCCAACACCAGCUGCACACCUCUCUGCGCAGACGGGCUCCUCUUCCAAGGAAUGGAGGAGUGUGAUGAUGGUGGCAUGAUGCAAGGCUGUUCCACCGAUUGCAAACUGUUAGCGUGCCAGCGCCAGGAAGUUGGCAUCAGUUCACAGUCAGUGUCUGGGGCGAGCUGGACAGACCCGGAGUUGAUGGCCACGUUGCGCGAGGUGCACCUGGUGCCGGCCAAGGACAGCAGCCAGCGAAUGGAGCUCCAGGGUUACGUCCGUUGCUUCAGCUCCGUGGAUCCUUCUCCCGACCUCGCAGUCGCCUUCGCUGACUGCCAGGGAGCGACGCGGCUGUCCUUCCUUGGAGAAGUCAGCGCGGGGCGGAUGAUUCGGCAUGAUGUGGAGCUGGAGACCGCCUUUGACCCUGUGGGUGACAUGCACUACGAAGCAGGGCCAUACCAGCUUCGUGCCAGAUCCGAGGCAAACGGAACCGAGAUCUUGUUGAGCUGCAAGACUGGCUUCCUGUGGCACCAGUGCCGCUUCUGGGCCGUGCAGUUGUCCGAAGAGACCACGGCCACGGCUUCGUCGCUAAGCCAAGAUGGUCUGAGCGCUGCGCCUUUGGAGUUCACGGAGGGAGUGCUGGAGAUUUGGAUCCCGCCAGACUCAUCGCGGUGGCUUUGUGAGGCCGCCGACCGGGUGUCCUUGAUAUGCGGAGAUGGGAAGUUGGCCGGUCCGGAGGAGUGCGACGACGGCAACACCGACUCAGGAGAUGGCUGCAGCGCAUCCUGCCUCUCCGAGCCCGGUUUCCUAUGCCCAGAGCCUGGGAUCAGUUGUUCCGAAGCCUGGUGUGGUGAUGGAGUCGCCGGCGACCUUCCAACUCAAUGUGAUGUGGGUUCCCAAAGUUUGGGCUGCCAGUCCUGCACAGUGAGCCCUGGUUGGCUGUGCCACGAAAAUUGCUCUGAGCCAGAGUCUUGGACAGUGCCUCCAUCCGCUGAAGCGGCGGGUUUUGUCAACAUGUCCGAUGACGCAGAUUCCGACGAUAACUCGGCAUCGCUGUUUUUCAGUCCAACUCCUGAGUUCUGCUGCCUGGAGGGGCCGAAACCCAGGAAUUCCAGCUGCAUCUUGGGCCAAGACUGCCAGGUGUUUCUGGAGCUCCCCAGCAGCUCCACCUCGGGAUUGCUGAUCACUCCCGGCCUCGGGGUUUGUGGAGACCAAGCAAUGACGUGGGAUGGAAUGGCCAACCCCUCCAUGGUGGAACUUCGCGAUGGCCUGCAGUUCUUCAAUUUUGGAAGGCCGCUGAUGGUUCCAGUGGGCAACUAUGCUCUAUGUUGGGGCCCCGAUCCCGCAGCUCCCUGGGCCACCGAGGUGUUCAAUCUGCGAGGCCAGAACUCGACGACCUCCGGAGCUCUACGCAGAAAAGCGACCUACCCUUUCGACGUUGGGCGACUCAUCCUCGGUGGGCCCAAGGCUAAUCAGGUGUUUUCUUGCACGCUGGGCGUCCCGUGCGACAUGGACUUGGAGGGCUAUCACCUUCCAGCCGAAAGCGCCGUACUGGCCGUGUUCGGCAGCUGCUCGGACGAUGUGCUUCGACCUGCAAGUGUGGACUACGUGCGUCUUCGGGUGGACAGCGGUGGAGCUGGGGACGGAGACGUGGCGCGAUUUUUCUGGAACGAGACGGAGGUCCCAGUUGAGGAAGCGUCAGACAUGGUCUUCGUCGUCUUCAACCAAUUCCAGCAGGGCUCCCCGAUUCAGUUUGGAUUCAAUGCAAGCUCCAUGAGAUCUUCAGAUGUCGUGCAUGCGCUUCGCAGCGUAGCAGAUCAAUCCCUGGUUCUAGCUGCUGCAAAGGGGUUAGUUUCACCCUUGGGGACCUUUGCACCUCGGCUCCUUGCUCAGCUCACGGCAAUGGGUGCUCAGCAGCUCAGCCAUGCCAACAGCUACGUCUCCUACGCCCUUGCGCUUUCUGGAGGACGAGCCCUGGCAGAGCAAGGUGCAGGACCAGGAGAGGGUCCCGUGGUGAUUCAAGAGUUUGUGUCCACCGUGGCUUCACCCAAAGUGGCAGAGACGGCGGGGCGCAUCCAGUUCGGGCGGCUGCACGGACACGCCGGCAUUUUCACCCUUUGCUGGGAGAGCCAGCUGACACGGUGGAGUUCCUGGCGUGGACAGGGCUUCAAGGUGGAUGUGGGCCACCUCCAGGUCGAAGGUCCCUUCCCCGGCACUUGGACUUGCUUUGCGGGAAGCCCUUGCACGGUCACUCUGCAGGGCCAGGCUCUGGUAGACUUCGCUCUUAGCGAGAUCACCCUCGAAAGUGGGCCAGACUCUGGCCAUGCAGCGCGCUCGGAUGGGUCUGAGGACUCCGAUGCGGGAGACAGUCUCACAGUCAUCGGUUGGCAUCGCGGUCCUUUGGCAGGUCAAGUCCGAGACACGGGAGGAGAACCAGCUUUGGAGUUCUCCUUGGGAGUUGCCUUGGAAAGGAAGCUUGUCCCUCUUGCAGUGUAUUGGAGAGCAGCCCCAAGCACAGAGUGGACAUUCAUCGGCAAGCUUCAUCUUGAAGAGCAUCUUUGCCGUCUUGCAGAUGAAGGGCCUGGAGAAGCUCACAAUUGUUCAGACGUCCCCUUCGGAGCCUCGUGCGUGAGUCGAUGCUUGGCUGGUUGGACUGGGCCUGUCAACACACUCGUCUGCGAAGCCGACGGACAGCUGACAGGAUCACAACCAGAUUGUCGAGAAAGCCGAUGCGAUUCUGUGUCGCUGCACGCAUUCAAGGAGCAGGAGCAGUGCAGAUGUUCUUCAGCCUUUUUUGGAAACAUCUCGUGGCACCAAGAUCUGCAGAUGUACAUGGGAAGCUGCCGGAGUUGCCAAGAUGCACUACUCGCAUGCGAGGCGGGUCACUUUCGAGAUGGUUGUGGUGGUCUGUUUGUGGGUGAGUGCAAGCCCUGCAUUGGUCUCGCACUUGGGAACUACUUCACUUCGCACGGAGGUUUGCAGGCGACCGGCUGCCUGCAGGGCAGCUGUGUGAGGUGUGCAGCCGGCCAGUACACAUCUGGUUGCGGGGGUACAUUUCCCGGAGAGUGCAACCCCUGCACCAACUCCCCGAAUGUCACGCCGCCAACCAACUAUUACAGCAGCGACGGGGGGGUCACCGGAGAGUGCGCUCUGGCAGACUGCCUGAGAAACUGCCCCGUUGGCCAGUAUCGCAAAGACUGCGGGGGCACCUCGCCAGGCUUCUGUGCCACGUGUGCUCGGCCUCCCUCCGGCCGCUUCCUCAGCUCCUCCGGUGGCCUCGAGGAUGCUUGUAAGACAUCUCCGUGUCCGGAGUGCUUGCCUGGGUUCUAUCGCACCGGAUGUAGCAUGACAGAUGAGGGCGCCUGCGUGCCAUGCUCCAAUGGGCCAGGCGAAGGUUUCUACUACUACACUCACGGCGGCACCCGCAACAACUGCAGCUUCACUGCUUGCAGCGAUUGUUCCGUGGGCUGGUACCGACGAGGAUGUGCAGCGAGCUACGCGGGAGAGUGUCACCAGUGCACAUUCAAGCCGCCGGAAACUUACUACAGUGGCCACGGGGGAGUACGAAAUCAAUGCCCCUACAGUGAAUGCGGCAAAGGACCCGAUGAGUGCCCACUGGGACAGUACAGAGACAACUGCGGUACCAUUAACGACCCCACCAACUCUGGCAUCUGCAAGAACUGCACUCAACGUGCUCAGGACCACUACUUCACAGGUCAUGGAGGCACUUCUCCACGCGGUUGUCCACAAGAACCUUGCCAGGCUUGCAGCGUAGGAUUUUACCGGCUUGGCUGUGGCAUUGGCGGUACCAGUCCAGGCAGCUGCGAGCCAUGUCGACACACAGCAGACCACUAUUUUACCAGUCACGGUGGGUUGGUCCUUGAGGUUGGUGAGGGUGUGGUGCCAGCGGAGUGCCCGCAAGCCUCCUGCUGGAAUUCCAGUAGCAACUGCCCAGCGGGCUAUCGGCUAGGAGGCUGCGGUGAAGAUGAGCAUCAUGUGUCUCCUGGCAACUGCCUGCCGUGCGGUGCUGGAACGUACACAAGCCUGGAGAAUUGGCACGAGCCAUGCCUUGUUUGUGAAGCGGGCUACUUCUCACUGCGUGGAGCCACAGCGUGUUCGGCAUGUCCAUCAGGCAAGUUCACAGAUUCUGAAGGCCAGUCUGCCUGCAGCUGGUGCAUCGGAGGCAGCACCAACACGGAACCGCCAAGGAACAGCUGCACGGAGUGUGUGAGCGGCAAAUUCAAUCCAGUCGAAUCACGAAUAGACGAAUGCCAAGAGUGCAUCGGAGGUGAGGUUCGUCGACGUUCAGUCCGGCCUGGUGCUGUUGACUGCACAGAAUGCAUUGUGGGCUACUUCGACAAUGACGCAUCCGAUGGCGAGAGCUGCACUCAGUGCGUCGGAGGCGAGGUCCGACGGCGGCGAGCUACGUCAUGCACGGGAACUCCGUCAGGGAUGUACAACGAGGGAGACCGCGACGAGGCGAGAGAGUGCAUUGGUGGUUGGGUCCGUCGCCGAUACGGCAGUAGCUGCACAGCGUGCGGCGACGGCUUCUGGGACGAACCCAGCAGGGGCCUCUACGACUCCGGUCCUGACGAUUGCCAGCGCUGCGUCGGAGAGGUUCGACGGCGAACGCUGGGGCAACUUGCCUUCACUGCGACCCAGUGCGAUGCUUGCGAUCCGGGCAAGUACAACGAGAGAGAUGGUGUUUCAGACAGCUGUUCACAAUGUCAUGGCAACGUCGUGGAUGGUGGCGGGGGCUGCAGCAUGUGUGAGCCCGGAACCUAUAAGAGUGCAGCUGAGAGCUCCUCAGAUGUAUGUCUUCCAUGUUUGGGUGGGCUGGUGUUGGGCCGACGCUCUGCCGAUGAAUACUCGACUUGUGAACCGUGCCCGUCAGGACGGUACAAACAGUACAGAGACGGAGACGGACAUGACCACUGCGACGAGAUUCCAGCGGGCUACGAGGUCCAGCAUCCGCAGCCGUACCCUUGGAGUGAGCCAGGCCAAAUCGUCGAGUGCGGUCCUGGCUGGGCCAGGGCGGCGUCGCACGUAGAUGCGUGUGUAAGUUGCGCCGGACGUGGAGUACACCUCGACAAUAGUGGACUCCGUGUUGGCUGCAAUCAUGGUCUCUGUUCACCUGGGUACAACGACGGAACGUUCGAUCACUGCGAGACUUGCAAUGGCGAUGUACAGCAAGAUAGCCAAUUUUGCCAACCAUGCGACAGUAGCCAGCAUAAGUACAAUCCUGGCCCUGGGCUUGGCUGUCAGGACUGUCGUGGGGGCACGGUCGUGGAUGGAGAGUGUGUGCUGUGUAAGUUCGUUUAUCCGGUCUUCUAUUUCAGGCCGGACAAUGAGGACCACUGCCGGUUCUGUCUCGGGGGAGAGGUCGAGCCGAAUUUGCCGACGGCAUGUGCUCCUUGCGGAAGGGGCUACUAUGUACCUGCGGCUUCGAACACUUGCAUCCGUGGUGAGACCUGCCAGAUCAGCCCGGACCGCACACAGUGCACGGCCUGUCUGCCUGGGCGGUUCAAGUAUGACACGACGGGCGAUGACUGCGAGGCUUGCAAGCCCGGCCACACUGGACAGAACUGUGAGCUCUUUGAGUCAGGUACGGAGCAAUGUGAGGAUGCGUAUUACAAGAAGGCGUCGCACUGCACCAUGCAGCACGGGAUGCACCUCUACCGGCCAGCAACCUGUUGGUCGUUGUUGAGUGGUUGUGCAGGUGCUGAGAGCCAGUGCAGGGGAGAUGGUUAUACCUCACCGUUGUCUUGCACUACAAGUAGUGGGUAUUAUGACACUGCUCCCACAUGCAAGUAUCUCCAUGCCUGCGUAAUCCCCUUUGUCGGCUCCAAGGGUUACGAGUGCUAUGAUGCGACUUGCGCUGCCCGGCCCUCAAUAUACAGCUGCAGACGCUGCUGA